AUGUCUACCUUUCCUCCCGCCUGGCCUGGCGCCCAUGGCUCCGCUUCCUCCGCUGAGAACGUCCACAAUACCACCCCCGAUCCCCUCCAGACUACCGAGGAGAACGGCAAGAAGAAGCAGCAGCAGCAACAGUCUCGACAGCUGUUGUCUUGCACCAAGUGUCGUGAACGAAAGGUCAAGUGCGACCGCACAAAGCCAUGCUCGGCCUGCUGCGCCCGCGGUCAGCCCAAGGAGUGCCAAUUCGUUGUGGCAGAAGGCGGCGAUUACGGCCCCAUCCAGCAGUCCUACGAGAUCCGCAAGCUUCGUGCCGAGAACCUUCGUCUAAAGGAGCGUCUACGAGCCGUCACCUCAGCCCUCUCAGAUGACUCGGACGAGGCUGGACAAUCCGAUCGUCCCGUGAGCAAAAGAGCCAGGCAUCGGCGGCCCUGGAGGGCUCCACUGGCGCGGCAAAAGGCGUUCAAGAACCAGGAUCUAUCUGACAACCUUUAUUUUGGAAGCCCAGGGCUGGCGAGUGUCAUUAAUGAGUUCGCGAGUCUGAACUUCGGCGCAACGUCCUUGAGCCAUACCAUGCCGCGAGGGCAAGACGUUUACUUUGCUCGAAGCGGCCCUGCGUUCCCCUUCGCCACCAUGUGGCCCGCGUAUCCGCAAGCAUGCAUUCCAGCCCUGCUGCAAUGCCUGCCGCCGCAGGAGGAUCUCUUUGCCUACCUCGACGCGUUCCAGAAGCGUUCUCAGAGCUGCUCCUUCCCGCACACGCCGGAGGAAAUCACGAAGAGGGAAGUCGAGCGCUUCCUGUCCGACUCCGAGAGGAAUGCACAGUUAUACCCCGACAUGCUCGCGCUGCUCUUCGCCGCGCUGGCUCAGGGCUUGCAGAACGGUGUCUUCGACAAGAGCGGCGGCAAGUGGGUUGAGGGAGCCAUGCAAGCUGAGGCGAUGAAAGGCGACGUCUACAUCGCCGCAUCCAUGCAAGCCCUCCGCAUGGCCUCCUUCAUGAACCGCCCAACCCUGCUAGGCAUCCAAGCCCUUAUAAUGAUGGGCCCCUACCUAACCAACAGCGGGCGCUUUCUAGACGCCUGGACGCUGUUCGGAACGACGAUCCGGCUCGCGCACUCCGUCGGCCUGCACCGAAACCCAAAGUACCUGGACCCAGCGCCGCCGCUCCGCGAGUGCGCGAUCCGGCAGACGCUGUGGUGGUGGAUGCUGCACAUGGACCAGCAGUACUCGAUGACUUUGGGGCGGCCGCUAGGCAUCUCGGGUAUCGGGGACUGUCCGCCGCCGGAGCCGCUGACGACGAAUCCGACGGUGCUGAGAUUGGGAGAGUUUGUGGAUCAUUUUACGCUGCUGGCGAGGCAGAUAUUGAGUAGCGAUAAGUUGACGAACGCCAAGAUCGAUGAAUUUACGGAUCGGUUGAGGAGAUUGUGGGAUACGAUGCCUGAGAUGGUCCGGUUCGAUGAGACAUGGUUGGAUCGCGAGAAGGAGAUUCCGGAGUGGCCACUUGAUGCUAUGGCUACUAUGUUCUAUGGCAAAACGCACAACUACCUCAUCCUCCUAAACCGCCAACGCAUCUCCCCCGUACGCCCUCCGCGCCCAACCUCUUCUACUCCAUUCCCCUCCCCACCGCUUCCCAACAGCCAGCAGUACCGACCGAGUCCCACCACCGCUCAACCUUCACCAGCAUCACAGCAAGACAAAGAACCCCUCCGCGGCCGCCCCCUUGUCCUCUCGUCAUCUCUCGCCCUCCUAAACGCCUUCCUCUUCUUCUACACCCGUGUCCCUGCUGCCAUGAUCUGCUGGACCAUGGGCCAGCAGGCGUUUAACGCGUGCAUGAUUAUUUUGCUUGACGCGAUUGAGACAUGUAGCACGAACGAAGCAGCAGGUGAAGAGGUGGACAAGGAAAAGAAGAAGAAGUUACGGUAUCUGGGCCGUGUGGAGCAGGCCUACGCCGUCUUCGUCGAGCUCGACAAGAAGGGCGUGCACAAGCUUGCUGCGCUGGCUGUUGAGCGCAUUUCGUGGGCGAUGGAGAUGUUGAGGCUGAAGGAAGAGGCGCUGGCGCAGACCCAGGCCCAAGCCGCAACCCAUGGUGCCGAAGCUCAGGUCUCCAACCCCGCUAUACACCCAGGAAGAGCGAGAGCAGGCUACGUAGGACCCCAGCCCAUGCUCCUCGACACCGUGAUGGGCAACACGGGGAUGUGGCUCCUCGAGGACCCGGGCCUGCAGUCGUUUGUGCCGGAGUCGUUUACGCCGCUUGCAUGGGGAAUGGCAGGACGAGACCUUCGAGUGGAACGGGAAGCGGAGGGGAGUGGCAGUAUGGGUACUGGGGCCGGGGGUGGGGCAGAGGCAGGGACUUGGCAGGAACACGCUCAGCAGGCUCGUGGAGGAGCAGGAGCAGGAGCAGGAGAAGUACAGACGCAACCAGGCUUCUGUCAUGCGGGAUAUGGAGACUACAAGCAGCAGCAGCAGCAACAGCGCCACUACCACGAACACAACCCUUCUCACCCCCCAUACUUGUACAAUCCCCCGCCUCCUGGCCCGUCCUACGCCCCACCACCGCCUCAGCACUCCCUUUCAGCGCCCGACGUACGCGGCUACUCCAACUGGGACGCUGGUUUCAGUGCGGGGCACGAGCCACGGUGA